AUGGUUAAGAUAGUUUCGAGACGUCAUACUUCAAGACUUCAAUCGUCACAAACUUUCAACAAUGCUGUACCCCUCUACCCCCGACUUUCGCCAUUUUACCGAGAGCAACCGCAAUAUCGAAACAGGAAUCUCGCACGCAAGAGGCGUCGAAGUUGUCGAAUCCGAAACAAAUUUUCUAACCCUGCUAUUCCUAGUCUCAAACAUCUUCGAGAUUAUAUCAAGACAGCCGGAGACAUUCUUAAGAGCUGGAACUAUCAUGCUGCCGGCCCCGAUGACUCUGACAUCGAUGAAGAUUUCGUCGAUGAAUUGAAAUAUUUCAUCAACAGCUUUGAAUAUUUCGUUGUUAACUUUAAAAUUCCGCCGAUAAUUAUGGACAUUUCACCAGACCUUAAAGAACGAGCAACCGAGUUCAAGCCCGAAGACUGCAUCCUCGAGAGACUGCCGACUGAAGUUAGGGAGAUGAUUUUUGUUUUUUGCGGUCGAAGCACUUUCUGCUCGGCUGAUCAGGGACCACGUCUAUUGAAAGCACUUCGAGGCCAGAGACGAGCUUACACCCACGCGCUAACUACAUUUGAGAGACUGAAUAGUUAUGAACUCGGCGCCGAGCUGAGAAACCAUACAUCCAAGAUAAGCUAUAACGUUCAUGAUAUGACAGGACUCAUGGCAGUCAACAAAGCCUCUCGAAUUGUCCCAUCUCAAUUGAAUUCGAAUGAUUUGGAAUUGGCUGAAUCCGACUUGAAGCUUACUCUGUAUGGGCGUAUUCACGAAGAUCUGAAAUAUUAUGGUGACUUUUCGGCUUCGACUCCAAGCACUGUUCUGUGCGGUUUAGUCCGACAACUACAUAGCGCCAACCGUAUUCGAGAUGUGCAGUUUUCUCAAGAACUAAGCUUGACAAGAGAACGGAGUUCCCGCAUUAUCCUCUGCCAAGCCGAUCAAGGCGAUUGGACUUUUCUCAAAAACUUCCUCACUCUCGUCCCCUAUCGAAGAGUCAAAAGAGUUAUUAUCCAAUUACCGAAUCCAGAGAACUAUUGUGUUAAUGCAGCUCCUAGAUAUGAUAUCUAUUAUCGAGACAAUCAUUAUGAGAGUUGCCGCGCAAAACAAGACGCCUUUGUCUUAGCAGUGAUCGAGUGUAUCAAUCAGAAAGUGGGGGUUCGAGGUAUCGUACUUGGCCGAUCAAAAGAUAAUCUUUCGGGAUUUUGUAUGUGGGAAGCUCCUGAAGGGAGAUAUAUGGAUUGGCAUCGUGAUGUCAUAGAAUCAUGGGCAUUAAGGGGUGGUUUCGGUAAGACUUUCCUUGACUACGAGAAUAACUUCUUUGAACUCAGGGAGGAUACGAGUCGACGUUGCUUUGUGGUAAGAAAUCGCCACGAAUAG